UGAGCUGCAGGCAAAGGUUCCGAUGCGUCUGUUUGUAGUGCUGAGUGUUUGUGUGGCUGUGGCAUCCGCCGGAGGUUACGGAGGUGGUGGCGGAGGUGGCGGCGGAGGACACGCCGGGUCCUCCGCCUCGGCAUCCGCUUCGGCCGGCGCGAUUGGCGGUGGCGGAGGCGGUAAACCCGGAGGAGGACAUGGAUCCGGAGGAGACUUCGGAGGUGGGCUAGAUGGCGGAUUCGGAGGUGGAGGUGGUGGUGGAGGUCCCUUCGGGGGUGGCGGUCAUUCCGGAGGUGGUGUCAUUUCCGGCGGUGGAGCAGGAGGACAUUCUGGAGGAGGUGGUCCCUUCGGAGGUGGCCAUUCCGGAGGAGGCGGCGGAGGUCCUGGAUAUGGAUCAGGUGGAGCAAUUGGCGGAGGAGGCGGUCACUCCGGAGGAGGCGGCGGAAUCGGUGGAGGUCCUGGAUUCGGAUCAGGUGGAGCAAUUGGCGGCGGUCAUUCCGGAGGAGGUGGCGGAAUAGGUGGAGGUCCUGGAUUCGGAUCAGGUGGAGCAAUUGGCGGAGGAGGUGGUCACUCCGGCGGAGGCGGCGUAAUCGGCGGCGGUCCUGGAUUCGGAUCAGGUGGAGGAUACGGCGGCGGCGGCAGCUCUGCGUCAUCUUCGGCCGGUGCUAUUGGAGGUGGUCACGGUGGAGGCCCUGGCUUCGGACCAGGCGGAGGAAUCGGAGGAGGUGGUGGUCACUCAGGAGGCGGCGGUCACUCCCGAGGAGGAGGACACUCUGGCGGAGGUGGAGGAGGUCCCGGGAUCGGCCCAGGACCUGGCAUCGGCGGGGGAGGCUUUGGCCCUGGCAUUGGAGGCGGAGCCGGUGGCGGACAGUUUGGUGGCAUCCUAGGUGGCCACAAGCACGGAGGACAUGGAGGCGGUGGAGGAUACAAGGGCGGAUCUGGAGGUGGCGGCGGAUACGGCGGUGGCGGCGGCGGAGGUGGCGGCGGCUACGGAGGAGCGCCUGGAGGUGGCGGCGGCUAUGGAGGUGGUGCCCACUCGAGCGCCUCCGCUUCGGCCAGCUCUUCGGCGGGUGGUGGCGGUGGAUACCACGGCUAGACCUAGUUCCCCAGAGCCUUAUAUUCCUGUAAUUCCCCCAAUCUCUUGAAAGUAUUACCCACGAUUUCAAUAAAAUGAUUACUUUUUGUAAUAUAUAAAA